CUUCACACUCAUUUGAGCUAACAAUUAGGUCUGGAAAUCGUAAUGGCGCCCCGGACGACUCUUCUCGCGCUCGCGAAUCUCUUAAUUCCAGUCGCGAUUCUGGUCUUUGCGACUGGCUUCUUCCCGUAUAAACCUUUCAUGCCUGGGCUGGCAGAGUACGAAGAGCUGGGAUGGAACACAGUGCUGGGGAAAGGGUGGCAGGAGCCACCCAAAGCACCCUUUGACAAGCUGGUAUUUAUGGUUGUCGAUGCGCUAAGGAGUGAUUUUGUGUAUGGCGAGGAGAGUGGGAUGAGCUUUGUACAGAGCCUCAUUCGAGACGGCACCGCGCUUCCUUUCACGGCUCAUGCUACCUCCCCCACCAUUACUAUGCCGCGUGUGAAAGCCAUAACUACAGGCUCCAUACCUUCCUUCCUGGAUGUGAUUCUGAACUUCGCCGAGUCGGACACGUCCUCCUCUCUCGCAACACAAGACACAUGGCUCGCGCAGAUCAGAGCUAAGCAGUUCGACGGCAAGAACGGCAACCUGGUAAUGUACGGCGAUGAUACGUGGUUGAAGCUAUUCCCAGACUUUUUUACCAGGGCAGAUGGGACGAGUAGUUUCUUUGUUUCGGAUUUCACCGAGGUGGAUAACAAUGUGACGAGACAUGUCCCUGGCGAGUUACUGAACAGUGAUUGGAACGCAAUGAUUCUGCAUUAUCUGGGCUUGGACCAUAUUGGGCACAAGGCAGGGCCGAAAAGUCCAAACAUGAUCCCCAAACAAAAGGAGAUGGACGAUAUGGUCCAGACUAUCUACGGCGCAAUCGAGAACGAGGAUCACCUUUCCAAUACCCUUUUAGUUCUCUGCGGCGACCACGGUAUGAACGACGGCGGAAAUCACGGUGGUUCCUCGCCUGGUGAAACGUCGCCCGCGCUCGUCUUCAUGAGUCCCAAGCUCGCCAAAAUCACCGGAGCUACAAAGAAAGAAAGCCCUGUCAGGCCGAAAAACGAGGGCGAAUUCGAGUACUAUAGAAUGGUUGAGCAGAGUGACAUUGCGCCCACUCUCGCUGGCCUGCUUGGUUUCCCCGUGCCGAAAAACAAUUUGGGUGUUUUCCUUGAGGAGUUUCUCGGCUUCUGGGACAAAAUUGAGGAUCGUGUACAAAUUCUGUACCGAAAUGCGAAGCAGAUCAAGAAAAUCGUGGGAGCGACAUAUACGGGAAUGAACUUUGACGACAAGGUGCUAGGAGCGGACGAGCUGGGAUUCGACUGCUUCUCCCCAGGUGAGACAAGCUUAACAGACGGUCAGGCGCUAGCAUGUCUUUGGCAAAGAGCCGUCAAUGCAAUGGGAACUGAUCGGUCCGUCAUUGACCAUCUCUACAAAUUCAUGCACGAAUCUCAAGAAGCAAUGUCCAGCACGGCCUCCAACUACGAUGUCGUUCGUCUAGUGCUCGGAACCUCACUAUCUCUGCUCAUCUGUGUUCUAAGCUAUCUCGCGCUUCCUCCACUCCGAUCAGCCUCCUCGGCUGGCUUGUACUACACCUUGAUUCUCAUUCUCUACUCCAUCCUUAUGUUCGCCUCUUCAUACGUCGAAGAGGAGCACAACUUUUGGUACUGGGCGACCUCAGCCUGGUUCUUCCACCUCUUCAUCACCAGCAUGCGGAAGCAGUGGUUCAGCAAGUGGAUUUUCCACCCUGCAAUCAUGGCGCUGGCUCUACACAGAGUGAUCAGGCGAUGGAACCAGACAGGGCAGAAAUACGCUGGAGCCGAUGACAUCGUCACGAGCGGUGUUUUCCAUGGGCAUGGGUCCACCCUGCUCUGGCUCUUGGUGGGCGCAACUUAUGUCGAUGUUACGCUCCGACUCUCUCGACAUGUUGCUCGCUCGGUGGCUACUUUCGACAGUGGCAUGAGUGUUCGGGCUGUGGAAAUCGAGUCUACGGAUUCACAUCGCAUGGUGGGCACUGUUGCCGUGCUGCCGCUCAGCUGCACGGCCUUCAUCUUCAAGCUGGCAUUCACGGCAAAAGACGCUCCUGAGCUCACGCAAGGUAUCACGGGAGCUCUAAUGGAGUGGAUAGAGACACUCGACCUCGUCGUUCUCGCACAGACGGUAUUCGGUGGGAUCGCAUUAGUCGGGAGUUGGAUCGCGUUUGCAGAAUGGAAGCGGUCCCAGUGGAGAGCCAAAAGGAAACGUGAGGGUCACGGCGAAAUGGCACUCGCCUUCUUCGACCUAACAACCCUCUUCCUCCUCACCCAAACAAAAGCCCACAACAUCCCGCUAUACCUACUCUUCCGCCUGCAAUUCCUCUUCCUAUCGCUCCUCGACCUCCCCAAAGCAGCAGUAACUACCAUCACCCUCCUCCUCGCGCAAACCUCCUUCUUCGCCCUCGGAAACAGCAACGCAAUAUCCUCCAUCGACCUAUCAAACUCCUACAACGGCGUCUCAACCUACAACGUCCUAGCCGUGGGUCUCCUAGUCUUCCUGUCGAAUUGGGCGGGCCCCGUAUGGUGGUCGCUAGCGGGCAUGCUGAUGCUCAACGGGCGCAAAAGGACGGUUCAGGUUUCCACGUCGCGCGACUGGGUCGCCGAGGAGCGGAUUCAUCUCACCCGGUUGGCGAGGGGUGGGGAUGAUGAAGCGCGGACGCAGAGGAAAGGGGAUGAGCGGGUUUGGAUGCGCCAUGUUGCGCUGAUGACGCUGUGGACGGGCGUUAUGCUCGCGGCUGUUAUGGCGGCGUGCACGGCGCUGCGCACGCAUCUGUUUAUCUGGACGGUUUUUAGCCCCAAGUAUCUGUUUGCUAUGGCUUGGGGGGUUGCGUGGCAUUUGGGUGUUACGGUGGGGUUGGGAGGAUUGGUGUGGUGGUUAGGAACGUGGUGAGCAAUGGCUCGCUUGGGGAACAACCAAGGUUGUUAUGGACGUUGUAGUCGGUGUUUUUUAUGUGUCAUGAGCGUCGAGUGGAAAAUAAAACAGCAGUUUAAAUUGAGCAUUCACGAGCUGAUGGAGACUGAGACUUCACCCGGCAAGGAAUAGAAAAAAUUG